GAUGACAGUGAGGGAUGCGGAGAAGGAGAGGAGACGGAGGCUAGUGGCAUCCGGCUAUGCGUUGUCCAGUCUGAACAAACAGAUUGAAACUGAGGUAGUGGCUGAGGAAAGAACAAGAACUGCAUCUCUGCCAGACAUUACUUCUGUAGAUUCGCAUGGAGAUAAAACUAAUGAGCACAGGCCUGAUGAAAGUAAAGAUGCUGUUGACAGCGCUAGUGCCUUGGUUAGGGGAAGUGUUACCUUGCCGAGAGAAAAGAAAAACAGGUCAGGCAAAAAACGGAAAGGUUUGAAGUCUGGACGUGUGAGCAUAGAGGCUGACAGUGAUGAUAAUAUUAUCAGUGAUAAUGCGCCUCAAAUAUCGCCCAGGUUGCAGGAUGAUGGGCAGAAUAAAAGUGAUAAGAACGGACAAACAGAGAGAGAAUCACCACAGACUCAAAUUGAGGUGAUGGUACAUGAUAUAGCUAAUCUGUUAGAAAAAGACACGUCCACGGGGCAGACGAAUAUUGUUGAAGUGAAGCCUCCUAUGGACCCUCAACAGGAUACUAUUAAGAAGGCGACAUCUAAUAUACAAGCCAAAGAUGCUGGGGAUAUCUCCAGUAAUCCAAAGGACGCGAAGAACGACAAUGAACUAAACAUUGGUGAAGGUGAGAGAAUUGUCGCACUUGUGGAAGGUAUAUACAACAGAAAUAAGAAAAUGACUCCCACUGUUGCUGUGUCUAGUGUGCCCCCUUCUAAAGCUAUCUCCCGGUGGCAAAACGCUAUUAUGGACGUACAGAAAAAACGGAGGAAAAAAUCAUUGUCACUUUUCCUUGAACUCAGUCGUUCACCAAACCCUCAUUCCUCUAUGUCGAUAAGUGGGGGACGGGAUUUAUCCCCAAGUCGACUUCUUCUGGAAAAAGCAAGGAGUCCAUCUCCGAGAUCUAAACUUGACAGCAUAGCUAAGGCGCAUGAAUCCCACAAAUCAUUAUCUCCAACUCGGAAGCCUGAGGAGACAUCAACUGAGAUGAGUCCAGUUGCUGAAAUACCCGAAGAGAACGAAGAUAAAACGAAAAAAAUUAAGAUUACUUUGGGGUGCCUCAUCUGAUUGAUAGAUCACUAAGUGAUGGGGAGGGGUUGACUGUGCUUGAAAAACCUGACAAAUUGACACAAAAGUGUCAUCGCAGUCCUUCGGCUGUCAGCGAACCAUCUCAGGAGACAGCAGGGCGUGAGCGUCCAUACACGAAUGGCGAUAGAAAUGGAGUUCCCGUAAUGGGGACUAGUGUCCAGCGGAAGUACAAAAGAACAUUUUCUCCGAAAAGGCAAGAGCCAGUAUUUGACAAAGACAAGACAACAACCGACGAAGUCACUGAUGCUGAUAAGUGUAAACAGCAGGAGAAAAAACAAAUUCAACCUAAGGAGGACAAAGAUGAAGAAGAAAUAGAGACUACAAAGAGAGAGGCGACGAAAUCGCCCGAGAGAGGUGAUGACACUGAGAAUAACACUGGCACUGCUGAAAUGAGCAAAACCCUCGAAAACAGGGGACGCGAAUCUCAGAAGAGACGCCGUAAAACCGGGAGAUCAUUUAGAAGGAAGAAGGAAGUCGAUGAAGAGGUCAUUGAAGCAAAAACGACCCUGGAAUCAGAGGCACAAGUUGUUAAAGAUGACGAAAUGUCCCCUGUUCGAGUGAUGUAUGACAAGUGUACACAAACAUCCGAAAUUGAUCUGUCUGAGAAAUCUAAACUCUUUGGAAAGAGUAAAAAGAAUAACAAGAAAGAGAAAAAGGAGAAGGAGAAGAAAAAGUUGAAAGAGCUAUCAUCACUUGUACAAGAUGCUAACAAGGAAGAAGAAAAGAAACUGAGCAAGGCGGAAGAACCAGAAAAUAACCAAACUGUUGAUAACGAAAAGGAAAUGGACAAUGGAAGUGAAAAACAAGAUUCUAAUAAGAAUUCUCCCGACAACGAAACUUCUCCCGAAAUUACAGAGAAGGAUGAAAAUGAGAAGAAUACACCUGAAACUGAUUCAAUGCCCAAACCAAAGAAGUUGUCCUUUACUACAUUAAUUUUUCUGAAACAGCGAAUCGCCAGCAGGAGGAAGAAGAAGGGACUGGAAGAGAAGAAAAAUAUUUCUGAUCAGGAUCCUGUUAAGGAUAUGUUUCUUAUUGAGAAUGAGAUAAAUCUCAGCAAACUGGCGGACAUAAAAGAGACUGAUAUACUUGAUGAUGAAAUUAUUGAACCUGAUGUUUCAAUUGAUCUUCCCAGGAAACAAAUCAGGUUCGAACCUAUAGCGUCUGAUGAACCCAUUCAAGGAGAAGAACCUCUUCCUCCUCUCACAAGAAACAGAACAAAGAGAUUAAGUAGUAGAAGAGAGAGUACAAUGAGAGAAAAGAGAAGAAAGUGUCUACAAUGUUGUAAGAAAGCUACAGCUUUCCUCUUUUCACACAUCGGACUGUGCUCUCUUGUCGUUGCCUAUACUAUCAUGGGGGGCUUCAUAUUUAAGGCAAUUGAAGGACCUUUCGAGAAUAAAGUUAAAACAAAAAUCAGAGAAACAAGGAUUAAGAUGGUUGACAAAAUGUUGCAACAUGCAACAGAACUAAGCUUGUCUGAGAUUGGACACGAAAACUUUACUGCACUUGUGGAUCAACAGUUAAAGGAUUUUCAAAAGACAGUGUUUAAAGAAACAAAAGACCACGGUUGGGAUGGAAAGGACAAGAGUGACGCAGACGUCCCCGAAAUGCAAUGGUCAUUUGCUAGUUCCUUACUCUACGCAAUUACAGUGAUGACCACAAUCGGUUACGGUCAUGUGGCUCCUAAAACUGACACCGGACGGAUCGUCACAAUUGGAUAUGCUGUGUUGGGUAUACCUUUGACGUUGUUGUGUUUAACGAAUAUUGGUGACGUCAUGGCGACGGGAUUUCGAUUACUUUACGGAAAGAUUUGUUGUGGUGUGUGUUGCAAAUUGUUCCAACGUCGUCGUAGACGUCGUUUACCUGACCUGGAGAAGGGCCUCGCUCAUCAGGUCAUGGCCUCUGAAGAGGAAGAAGAGGACAAGCCCAAAGAGGUCAUCCAUGUGCCAACGUCUCUGUGUAUACUUCUUAUAGCAGGGUAUAUCUUCGCUGGAGCACUUCUUUUCGCUUUGUGGGAGAAAUGGGAUUACCUGACAGGGUCGUACUUCUGUUUCAUCACACUCAGUACGAUUAGGUUCAGCGACAUUGUCCCCGGAACGGAUACCUGGUCCCAGGAGGAGAAACUGGUGCUGUGUGCAAUAUACCUGGUGUUUGGCUUGUCUCUCAUUGCUAUGUGCUUUAACCUUGUACAGGAAGACGUCAAGGCCAAGUGUAGAUGGUUGGGCAUGAAAAUGGGGAUUAUCGAUAAACCGGAAUCAUCUGUAUGAAACUGAAAUUAUCUAACCAUUGAGUAAAUGUGAUGAUUGGUUUGAAAAGGAUAUGGAUUUGGAUGUAUUUACACAUUAUACAGCAGCACAUAUUACAAUAUUUUUAAGAAAUACCUACAGAUCACAUGACCAUUCAUUCAAAUGCAAAAUGUCUUGACUGUAUUUUCAACAAGAUGUUAUUUUCGAACAAUAUGUACAUAUGUACAUAUGUACAUAUUCCUGGUUAGUUCCUAUAGUGCCAUUGCUUAAUAAAUGGUCAUUGGAACAAAGGUAUUUUUCGCCUUCACAAAUGUAAAAUAUGACAGCAAUACCUUUCAAAACGCAUGUAUAUAGCUAGCUCGAAAGCGUAAAAAGAGAAUUUUCUCCAUAUUACCAUUAUGUACAUUUAACCAAUCCCUGUUACACCGAUCAAUGUACAUAAUUUCCUUAUACUGUGAACCUAUUGACAAAGCUAAAAUGACCUUGAGUGUGAUAGUUCAAGGUGAUAUUUCGUGAUUUGAUCUGAUGACAGGUGUUGAGGCAGAAGCCAAUUUUCUCAGCUCCGCUCGCCUCUCCGUUACUCCAUCGAGAGGCGAGAGCGAGGCAACGGCCCGAAGCCAAGUAUCACAAUGGUAUUCUGCCAGAGUAUCAGCCGUCUGCUAGGUGCAGACAUCUUGGGCCUGUGUGGAGUAAGCUUGUCCUACUAUACAAACACGUAACGACAAUGGAAAAAUAAAUCAUUAUUUUCUCACAUUGAUGGAGGAUACCCUACGGUCUUACUACCACGAUAUACACGAAACCGCCCUGACCACAGAAACAGGCGUAGGUGGUUGUGAAGGGAAUGGUUACAAUACAAGAAAAGAACAAGAUACGGUAGGCCGAUUUUAGAAAGAUCAUGUAUGAAAAAGAGUCCAAUUUCAAUAUAUUGUGGAUUGCCUUCGGUUGAAAUUUUAAGGAAGCUUCCCAAACGGCAUUGGUGUUUGCCGGAUGUAUAUUAUAUAUGUUCGGAUGCGGUGUGUGGUAAGCGACUUCCGGAGGUGUCUUGUAAGCGACUUCCGGGUGUGUCUUGUAAGCGACUUCCGGGUGUGCCUUGUACAGAUUCCAGCAGCCUUAUUCCGAGAUUGUACGUUGACGUAUGCACGAUCUCUUUUAUUUCCUACAUGUUUGUUGUUUAUUGUUUUGCCUUGAUAGUUUAUAUCACCAUAAAGAUUUUCCACAUUGUU